UUGUUCCUCAACUCUACUAUAAAUUGUUGGUUCACACCGCUUCUCACCACCAUAUUCUUAUCCCUUGGAAGCUUCUUUGUCUUUUUCUGUAACAGUUAUGUCUCUACCAACCUCACAAGAUGCACAACCACCGUACAACGAGGCCGCUGCCACCGGUUUUCCGGCGGCUUACAACCCCAAAGCCCCGGCCAAGGUUGAAUGGUCCACCGGCCUCUGUGAUUGCUUCUCCAACUUCAAAAACUGCUGCAUAACGUGCUUGUGUCCAUGCAUCACGUUUGGUCAGAUUGCAGAGAUUGUUGACAAGGGAUCAACGUCAUGUGGUGCUAGUGGGGCAUUGUAUGCACUGGUUUCUUGUUUACUUGGUUGUGGUUGCGUAUACUCAUGCUUCUACCGCAGCAAGAUGAGAAGACAAUACAUGUUGAAGGAGGCUCCAUGUUGGGAUUUCUUUGUUCAUUGCUGCUGUGAAACCUGUGCCUUGUGCCAAGAAUAUCGUGAACUUCAAAACCGUGGAUUUGACAUGACCAUUGGGUGGGAGGGAAAUGUUGAGCGAGGGAACCAUGGUGUAAGCAAGGUACCAACUGCUCCAGCAGUUCAACCUAUGACUCGUUGAGAAAUAACUAUACGCACAAUGCAUGGAUACCUGCGUCAGAUCUUAUCAAGAUCACUAAUGAUUAAGAAUGUAUUAUUAUCUGUUCUUUUUAGAUAAGUUAUGAUUAAGAAUGUAUAUUUCUGUUGUUGAUGUUCAUGUUUUCCAUGGAUAUGGUAUUACAAUGUGUGUAGACUUUCCCAGAGUUGUGUGAAGCCUUUAUCUUCAUUUUUA